AUGAAGACCUCGGCUUCCCUCCUCACCGGCCUCGUUGGCCUCGUGGCCUUCGUCGCGGCAGCGCCGGCCCCGAUGCCAACACCACCAGGCAUCCCCACGGCAUCCACGGCCAAAACCCAGCUGGCAUCUCUGACGGUUGCCACGCAGACCGACGAUGGUAACUACGAAAGGGACUUGUUUCCAACGUGGGACACGAUAGAGGGCACGUGCAACACUCGCGAGUAUGUCCUGAAGCGUGACGGCACCAGUGUUGUGGUCAACUCAGCAUGCACCGCUACAUCUGGGUCCUGGCUCAGCCCGUACGACGGUGCAACAUGGACAGCCGCUAGUGACGUGGACAUCGACCAUAUGGUCCCGUUGAAGAAUGCCUGGAUCUCUGGUGCCAAUGCCUGGACUACUGCCCAGCGGGAGUCCUUUGCCAACGAUGUGACCCGACCUCAGCUUUGGGCCGUCACGGAUAAUGUGAAUCAGUCCAAGGGAGACAAGAACCCCGCCGACUGGAAGCCGCCCCUGUCCAGCUUCUACUGUGUCUACGCGAGAAGCUGGGUCCAGGUCAAGUACUACUACAAGUUGACGAUCAGCAGCGCGGAAAAGACAGCGUUGACGAGUAUGCUCAACACCUGCUAA